CUAAGAUGGGCAUGCGGGUGAAGCUGCACAGCGCCGACCACCCCAACCAGCUGCUGCGGGAGCUGAACCGCUGCCGCCUGGCCGAGACCCUGUGCGACGUCACCAUCGUGGUGGGGGCCCGCUCCUUCCCGGCCCACAAGGCCGUGCUGGCCUGCGCCGCCGGCUACUUCCAGAACCUCUUCCUGACGGCCGGGCUGGACGCCGCCCGGACCUUCGUGGUGGACUUCAUCACGCCGGCCAACUUCGAGAAGAUCCUGAGCUUCGUCUACACGGCCGAGCUGUUCACCGACCUCAUCAACGUGGGCGUCAUCUACGAGGUGGCCGAGCGGCUGGGCAUGGACGCCCUCCUCCGCGCCUGCCACGCCACCUUCCCCGACCUGCACAGGGAGGGGGCCGCCCCGGCCCCGCCGCUCCUGCCCCUCACGGACGGGGUCGGGGACUCGGGGCUGCUGGGCGCCGCGGCGCUGGCCGGCGCGGGCUACGAGGAGGAGGGCCCCGGGGUCGGCGAAGCCAUGCCCGGCCUGCCCGCUCCGCAGGCGGAGGGCCGAGAGGCGCCCGGGCCCUGCGUCCCGGUCCCCCCCGGGGGGCCCCGGCUGGGCUCGGGCGGGCAGACGGGCCCGGGGCCCCGCUCGCCAUUCGGGGGCCAGAGCAACGGGGAGCGGGCGGGCUUCCUCGGGGCCGGCUCCCUGGACGGGGACGCCGGGCCGGGCCGGGGGCGAGGCUUCGGGUCCCCCGCGGCGCUGCCCGCCCAGCCGCCCCCCGAGGCCGAGGCCGGGCAGCUGGAGCUGGAGGAGCCCGGCAGCGACAGGCCGGGGCCGGGGCCGGCGGCGGAGGAAGUGAUCGAGCUGAGCGACGACAGCGAGGAGGAGCUGACCCCGGCGGCGGCCGACGGGGAGGAGGCGGGGGCCGGGGCCGUGGAGGAGAGCUGGGCCGCCGGCGGCGGCCACCAGGCCCGGCCCUGCCAGGUGUGCCACAAGGUGCUGGAGCCCAACGUGCAGCUGAUCCGGCAGCACGCCCGCGACCACGUGGACCUGCUCACGGGCAACUGCAAGGUGUGCGAGACGCACUUCCACGACCGCGGCGCCCGGGUGGCCCACGUCCUGUCGCACAUCGGCAUCUUCCUCUUCGCCUGCGACAUGUGCGAGGCCAAGUUCUUCACCCAGUGGCAGCUGACGCUGCACCGGCGGGAGCGGGCCCCCCCCGAGCCCCCGGCGCCCGCGGCCCCCCCGCCGCCCGGCGCCCCGGCGCUCAGCUGCGCGGCCUGCGGCAAGGCCCUGGCCCGUGACUUCGCCACGGUGCGCGCCCACGUGCUGGACCACCUGAGCGUCCCGGGCCAGACGUGCAGCGUGUGCGCCCAGCACCACCUGAGCCUGUGCGGCCUCAUGUGGCACACGCUGUCGCACCUGGGCGUCGCCGUCUUCUCCUGCGGCGUGUGCGCCCGCAGCUUCGUCGACCGCCACGUCCUGGACCGGCACCUGGCGCUGCACCGCCGCGCCGACGACGCCCCGUUCCGCUGCCACGUCUGCGGCCACGGCUUCCGCUCCGAGGCCGCCUACCGCUACCACGUCAGCCAGCACGAGGGCGGCGGUGGCGGCGGCGGCGGGGGCCCGGACGGGCGGACGGGGCCGGCCGAGCGCCCGCAGCCCCCCGCCCUGCCCAAGCGGCGCCCGCCGGCCGACGGAGGGGCGGCCGCCGCCGCCGCCGAGGGCCCGGCCCCGCCCGCCCCCAGCAAGUACGGCUGCAAGGUGUGCGGCAAGCGGUUCGCCCACACCAGCGAGUUCAACUACCACCGGCGGAUCCACACGGGGGAGAAGCCCUACCAGUGCAAGGUGUGCCACAAGUUCUUCCGGGGCCGCUCCACCAUCAAGUGCCACCUGAAGACGCACGCGGGGGCCCUGAUGUACCGCUGCACCGUGUGCGGCCACUACAGCUCCACCCUCAACCUCAUGAGCAAGCACGUGGGCGUCCACAAGGGCAGCCUGCCGGCCGACUUCACCAUCGAACAGACGUUCAUGUACGUCAUUCACUCCAAAGAGGCCGACCGCGGCCCGGACAGCUGAGCGCCGCCCGGCCGCCCCUGGCCUGGGGCCCGCACCCCGCCGCCACGUUUACCUCUGCGCCCGCGCCCCCCCAGCCCGGACCCCGUUCUUGUAGCUCCCCGAUCCGUUUUAUGCUGCUAAGACUCUGUUCCCUGGUCCCAGGCUGCCGGGGACGGGGGUCGCCUCCAGCCCAACCCCCCGUGCCCCCUCCCCGUCAGCAGAGACGGGCUCUCCCACGGCCGAAGAGCCGUGGCCGCGGGGGUCUGAACCCCCUUUCAGGGUAGGAGGUGGGGCUGCUGGGCUCUCUCCACCCUUCUCAUUUCCAAAGAAAAGGGGGUUGAAGGUUUAAGGCCUCCGGGGCUCCUCACCAGAGGCGGGGAGGGGUGGGCAUGGUGGAGAGAGGGCUGAGCUUCAAUCCCCGAACAGCAGGAACCUUGCCUUAAAUUCCCUGCCCGCCCAGGCUGGGGCUUCCCGGGGGGCCCCCACCCUCUGUGGCGGCCGCAGGUCUUGGGUUGCAGGUGGCGGCGCCUCUUUUUUUCUACCUCAUCCUGGGCUCGGCUCGCUCUGGUCCUGGGAGCCCAGAGUCCGCGAGCUCUCCCUUCGUGGCCGGCCCAGUUCUCGUGCCGUGGAUGGGAUGUCCGGUCCCUCCUGCUGCCCCCCGGCCGCCUGUGAAAGUCAUGGGCGGCGGCAUUUCGUUCAUUCACUCAAUCGUAUUUAUUGAGCGCUUACAGUGUGCAGAGCACUGUACUGAGCGCGUGGGAAGUACAAGUCGGGCAGGCCCGGAGCAUGUGGUUGUGUCCCCCCUGCCAGGCCUAGGCCUCCCACCCCAGUCAGGCCUUGGGGAAAGCCUCCCCGGGAGGGCAGCGUCACCUCGAAGGAGUGACCGGACAGCUGGAAGAGUCCCAGGGGACGGAGGGAGCAAUCAAUCAAUCGUAUUUAUUGAGCGCUUACUGUGUGCAGAGCACUGGACCAAGCGCUUGGGAAGUACAAGUUGGCAACAUAAGGAGCAGAGCAGAGGGUCCCCUGGGCCCCUGAGGCCGAGCCGGCCCGGCAGCCGCCCACCGGCGGGGAGUCGGAGGGGCGGCCGGGUCUCAAAGCUGUGAAAUUCCCCUGACCUCUUCUAGUGUCCCCAACCCGUCGUUGUCGCGUUUAAGUUGCAACAGUGUCCCGCAGGUGGAGGGGUCCCGCCGGUGGAGGGGUCUCUAUGGAGCCUUGUUGCCGGGGGGCGCCCCUACAGGCCUCCGCCGCCAGGGGGCGCCCGCGCAGGCCUCCGCCGCCAC